GGCCGGGCGGAUAGGGAGGCGGAGGAGGCGGAAGCUGUGGAGGACGAGAAGGCUGAAUAGGCUGAGGCCGGAGUCGUCCGUCGGGCGGAUCGGGAGGCGGAGACCGGGGACGAGGAGGCCAGGAAACGUCGGGCCGGGCGGAUCGGGAGGCCGGGAUCGUUCUACGGAGGAGGCCGGGAGACGUCGGCCAAGCGCAUUGGGAGGCAAUAAUUGCCAAAUGAGGAGGAAAGGACGAUGCCAUCGAGGCUCUGCAGCAAGGCACGCUUCCUCCCCAUGCAGUGUUAAACACUCCCCUACACGAGAGACCCUGACAUACGCGCAAGCUCAAAGGAUGGUUGAGAUAGAGAUUGAAGGGCGCUUGCAUCGGAUCAGUAUUUUUGAUCCCCUCGAGAUCAUAUUAGAAGAUGACCUCACUGCUCAGGAAAUGAGUGAAUGCAAUAGCAAUAAAGAAAACAGUGAGAGGCCACCUGUUUGCUUAAGAACUAAGCGCCACAAAAACAACAGAGUGAAAAAGAAAAGUGAGGCUCUGCCCAGUACCCACGGCACACCUGCCUCAGCCAGCACCCUUCCUGAGCCCAAGGUGCGGAUCGUGGAGUACAGCCCACCAUCAGCACCCAGGAGGCCCCCUGUGUACUACAAGUUCAUCGAGAAGUCAGCAGAGGAGCUGGACAAUGAGGUGGAGUAUGACAUGGAUGAGGAGGACUAUGCCUGGCUGGAGAUCAUCAACGAGAAACGGAAGGGCGACUGUGUCUCUGCAGUGUCACAGAACAUGUUUGAGUUCCUGAUGGACCGAUUCGAGAAGGAGUCAUACUGUGAGAACCAGAAGCAGGGUGAGCAGCAGUCCCUGAUCGAUGAGGACGCUGUGUGCUGCAUCUGCAUGGACGGUGAGUGUCAGAACAGCAAUGUGAUCCUCUUCUGUGACAUGUGCAACCUGGCUGUGCACCAGGAGUGCUAUGGGGUGCCCUACAUCCCCGAGGGCCAGUGGCUUUGCCGCCACUGCCUACAGUCCCGGGCCCGUCCCGCUGACUGUGUGCUGUGCCCCAACAAAGGUGGUGCCUUCAAAAAGACAGACGAUGACCGCUGGGGCCACGUGGUGUGUGCCCUGUGGAUUCCAGAGGUUGGCUUUGCCAACACCGUGUUCAUUGAGCCCAUUGAUGGCGUGAGGAACAUCCCUCCGGCCCGGUGGAAACUGACAUGCUACCUCUGUAAGCAGAAGGGCGUGGGCGCCUGCAUCCAGUGCCACAAAGCAAACUGCUACACGGCCUUCCACGUGACAUGUGCCCAGAAGGCAGGCCUGUACAUGAAGAUGGAGCCUGUGAAGGAACUGACAGGAGGCAGCACCACCUUCUCUGUCAGAAAGACCGCGUACUGUGACGUACACACGCCUCCGGGCUGCACACGAAGGCCUCUGAACAUUUAUGGGGAUGUUGAAAUGAGAAAUGGUGUCUGUAGAAAAGAGAGCUCAGUCAAAUCGGUCAGGUCUACGUCCAAGGUCCGGAAGAAAGCGAAGAAGACUAAGAAAACACUGGCUGAGCCCUGUGCGGUCCUGCCCACCGUCUGUGCUCCCUAUAUCCCCCCUCACAGAUUAAAUAGGAUUGCAAAUCAGGUGGCCAUUCAGCGGAAGAAACAGUUUGUGGAGCGAGCCCACAGCUACUGGUUACUCAAGAGGCUGUCAAGGAAUGGUGCACCCCUGUUGCGGCGCCUGCAGUCCAGCCUGCAGUCCCAGAGGAGCACUCAGCAGAGAGAAAAUGAUGAGGAGAUGAAAGCAGCCAAAGAGAAGCUGAAGUACUGGCAGCGGCUACGGCAUGACCUGGAGCGAGCCCGCCUGCUCAUUGAGCUGCUGCGCAAGCGGGAGAAGCUCAAGCGCGAGCAGGUGAAGGUGGAGCAGAUGGCCAUGGAGCUGCGGCUGACCCCUCUGACUGUGCUGCUGCGCUCGGUGCUUGAGCAGCUGCAAGACAAGGACCCCGCCAAGAUCUUCGCCCAGCCCGUGAGUCUGAAGGAGGUGCCAGAUUAUCUGGAUCACAUCAAACAUCCCAUGGAUUUUGCCACAAUGAGGAAGCGGCUAGAAGCCCAAGGGUAUAGAAACCUCCGUGCGUUUGAGGAGGAUUUUAAUCUCAUUGUAGAUAACUGCAUGAAGUACAAUGCCAAGGACACCGUGUUUUAUAGAGCCGCAGUGAGGCUGCGCGAUCAGGGCGGUGUUGUUCUGAGGCAGGCCCGGCGCCAGGUGGACAGCAUCGGCCUGGAAGAGGCCUCGGGAAUGCACUUGUCUGAGCGGCCUGCUGCGGCCCCUCGGAGGCCUUUCUCCUGGGAAGACGUGGACAGGUUGCUGGACCCAGCCAACAGGGCCCACCUGGGUCUGGAGGAGCAGCUGAGGGAGCUGCUGGACAAGCUGGACCUCACCUGCUCCAUGAAGUCCAGUGGCUCGAGGAGCAAGCGGGCAAAGCUGCUUAAAAAGGAGAUCGCCCUCCUGCGCAACAAGCUGAGCCAGCAACACAGCCAGACCCCUGCAGCGGGGCCCGGCCCCGGAGGCUCGGAGGAGGACGCUGCCCCCCUGGGGCCGGAUGUGGGCGAGGAAGGAGAUAAAUCUCCCCCUAAACUUGAACCAUCAGAUGCAUUACCUCUUCCUUCAGACUCGGAGACUAAUUCAGAACCACCAACCCUCAAACCAGUAGAACUCAACCCCGAGCAGAGUAAACUAUUCAAAAGAGUCACAUUUGAUAAUGCAUCACAUAGCCCUUGCACUCAGAGCGCACUGGUAAGCGGACACCCUCCAGAGCCCACCCUCGCCAGUAGUGGCGAUGUGCCGGCGGCUGCGGCGGCCUCCGCGGUGGCGGAGCCAUCAAGCGAUGUAAACAGACGCACUUCUGUUCUCUUCUGCAAAUCGAAAAGUGUAAGCCCCCCAAAGUCUGCCAAGAACACUGAAACCCAGCCAACUUCUCCUCAGCUAGGGACCAAAACCUUUUUGUCUGUAGUCCUUCCGAGGUUGGAGACUCUACUGCAGCCAAGGAAAAGGUCGAGGAGCACAUGUGGAGACUCCGAGGUGGAGGAGGAGUCCCCGGGAAAGCGCCUGGACACAGAAUGGCAGUAGAUUUCAGUGGAUGCGAGUUGAAUUCCUAAGCGCACCCCUGAGCAGCCCGGGAGCCUUAGCACUAAGAUCAGACCCUCAGGAGCUUGAGGCGGCUGCUGCUGUAUCUGCUCCGCCCAGGGCAGCUGGGCGCGGGCUGGAGGUGCCAGCCCUGCCAUCGUGCUGGCCUUGCCUUCGCCCGAACGUCGGGUGCCCUCUGCGCACCUGGAUUUCUUGCUCGAGUUGCACUCUUCGAAGUCUGAGGACGUGAAGUAUUUGGAGCCUUCUGAGCUUUUCCAGAUUCAUCCGCCACUCUGAACUUGUAGGGCUGGUGUUCUCCAGUGCACUGCAGGACCCGAGUUAGAUUGAGCGCCGACUCGCUGUGCAAACUGCGCCUCCACACCCUGCCCAGCCCUGCACUGCAGCAGGGCAGGCGUGCGACGGCCACAGGUUCCGGGCUCGCAGAGCCAGCCUGCCCUGUAGCUUUCUUCCUCGGGGGACUGUGGACCAUCAGGCGGGCUCUGCCAUCUGCUUCUUCCUCUGAGACUCUGGAGAUGGUUGUGCAUUGGGUGGGUGGGGUGAGGAGGGCCGGGUCUUCAGUACCCCGGGACUGCUGAGGGAGGAGGCUGGUUCUGCCCUGCCUCCAUCAGACUAAGUGGCUUCUCGCUGUUCUCGCUUAACCACUCAUGUACUGGGUAGCUCCUUCUUUGGAUCCUAAUCCUUUUCUUUUACCUCAACUUGGACUGGAGUUCUGCUCACAGCCUCAGGGACACAGCGAUGGCUGCUCCUCAUCCUGCACAUAGUUCUUGCAAAUCACACUGGAGCCACCCUUUAAAGAACACGAAUGCCAGCUCCCAGAGGAGUUUCCGCCCCGGCAGCCCUUCCCUCUGUCAGGUCCUGUGGGGACUGGUGCCCUCCUUGAGCUGGGGACGGCUCAAUGCCUCUGCUCUCUUCUUGUGGACAGCCUGGUGCAUGUCAGAACCAGCAGCGCCGUGGAUAGUCCAGCUCCACCUUGCAUGUGCCCAGGACUGGCCUGUGAUGAUGGGCUCUGCUCAGGUGGCCAGGCCGGCGUCUGGAGGGACUGAGUGCUUGACCCCAUCUGGAGAUGUCCUCACUCAGUCGUCAGCAGCUCCGUUUCUCAUGUCUGCCUGGCUUCCGUCUUCCUUAAGUCUCUUUCCUGUACUCCCUCCGGGAUUACGGAGCAGCGCUAACUUGUCUUGCUGGUGCCGUGCUGAGUGCCAGUUGGGCCAGCUAACAAACCCUGCCCAUAGGACCCGCCGAGACAUCCUGCCUGGGCCACGCCUGUCUUGGCUGCCCCCAGCUGCAUCUUCACAGAGCUUCUCUUACUAGAGCAGGCAGGGGUUGGGUUUUCUUGUUUGCUGUGCUUACUGAAAGUUUGAAAACGCACCACAAAUGCAGUCCUUUUGGCUGUUGCAAAAGUAAAAAGCCAGCAGAAUACAACAGGUGCCACCCACCACCACCUUGUGAUGCUUGUGCCCUGCCACCAGGAGCAGGGUGUGGCUUUCUGAUGCCUGGAACCUCAUUGUCAGCCACAGGCCACCAGCACUUGUGUGCUUACUUCCUCCUGCAGGGUUCAGGGAAGCCAGUGAUGCAGGAUAGCAGGUUGGGUGGCAGCUGCAGGGCAGGGGGCUAGUGCUCCAUGCUGCAUGGCAUCUCUCCUGAUAUCCCUUCCUUGAUGCCUGUAGAGGCUGUGUAGCCAGGGUGGAGGGGGCAUCUCCUGGCCACCAGCUUCCCAUGCCCUGGGGCUGUUUACCUCCUGCACUCCAGGGGUUCUUGGGAGGCCAAGGCCAGCAAAGACCAUGCCUGCCUGUCCCCCCAUGAACUUUGUCCUACCCAUGGGUGUAGCUGUUCAGAGAACAGGGAGCUCCUAAGGAUGCUGUCACUGUCGUGUGGCCUGGCCACUUCUAGGCUUGGCUGCACUGAUCCUGUCUCCUUGGGAGAAUGGGAUGUGGCCCGGUGGGCUUUGUAGUCCCAGGUGCUUGGUGGCGCAUGGAGCCGGGGUCUCGGCCCUAUCUAGAGCUGUCUCCACGGUUCUCUUGGCCUCUCAGUCCCUGCCAGUCCCCGUCAUAUCUGUAGCUUCGGGCUGGCUGCCUCGGGAGUGCCAGCUGUUUGUGGGUUCCCUGGGCCCACCUGCGGGCCUCCAUGCCCUCCUGGGGCCCGGGACUCCAGACCCUCUGGACUGAACGAGCGUAUUUUCUGGCCCCUCAGGGCUUCUGGGGUGCUGCUGGUGAGCCCCAUGGCCUCCGUACUCUGAGGACACCUUCCCCAGGCGGGGCCCUUUGCAGAGUGUACAGCAGCAGGGCCACAGGCCAUAGUGGUGGCAGUGGCAGGAGGGCCUGUGGCUGGCUGCUUUGCUGCAGCUCUGUGGUCUUCAAACAGCACCACAGGACCUCUCCACGCCGGAGCCCGGCUUCUCAGCUAUUGCCUCUUGGAAUGUGUCCAGGGGCUGGCAGCCUUCCAGAGCCUGAUCUGUCCACACAGGCCCUGCUUCAGCUGCUGCACACCCCCAAAACUGGCCUAGUGCCUGGCCUGCUCUGUCAGCUUAAGGAGUCUUUCCUGGACUGUUUCCUCGGGCUGCCCACGUGCUCAGUACACUUCCACGUAAGGUGUGAAAAACUGUGUGUAAACAACUUGUGGCCCAGAUAUAAGCUCAGUCAUUAAAUGCUCAGAAAACAGGGA